GAGGCGACAUGGAAGUGAAGCGCUGCGGGAGGCUCUGAAGAAGGUACGUCUGAGCAUGGAAGGGCCACACGUCUGCACAACACCAUGGUGGGUCCGCUGCUGGCCAUUACUCCCUUUGUUGCCUUGGCCCUCAGCUUUAGCAUUGGCACUGAGCUGUUGGUACGGACGGUACACGGAUGGCGGGCCUGCUUUGCGUCUUCUCGAUGGUGCAGAGGACAGGAUCCGAGGGCGCUGCGGAGACUCCAUCAUCUGCAGCUUGAACGUGUUGCUCUGGCAUGCGCCAGCUGGAUACGCCAGAUCAUUGCCUAGACUGUCAACAGAAGAGGUGGAAGCGAUUAGCAUGCCUCGCUACACCCAUACCCUAGAACCUUGACGCAAGAGUCGCACGAGUAUUGCGUGGAACGCUGAGAUGCUCUUAAAACUGCCUGAAGAGAUUGUAUGUUCGGUCUCCGCCGUUCCGGAUCGUUAGGCAAGCGCUGUAUUUGCGCCAGGACAUCUUUGUUCUUACAACCAGCCCCAGUUCGAGCACACUUAGCAAGAAUGUCAUACCAUCGUCGUAGAUGUAACGGA